GGCGGUUCAAAUUGGAGUGAUAAUUCAGUUUCGCGGCGGAGCUGCAGAAUCGCAGCCGCAAUUGCACAAUGGGGCCGAAGAAGUGUGAAGUUUGUGAUGAUGCUCAAUCGAAGUACAAGUGUCCGGCCUGCUUGGUGCCCUACUGUUCGCUUGCCUGUUUCAAGAAGCACAAAGAAACUCCGUGCGCCAAACCAGAACCUUUGAAGGAAGAAAUAUCUCACAAGUCUCCUGAUGCUUCUCAUAGUGCCAUCGAACAUCCUACUGCAGCAAAAAAAGAAGAAAAACCAUGUUAUGUUGGUGAACGGAGAGAGGUGCUGCAAGAAUCGCAACUGCGGUCUGUUGCUGCAUCCAAUGAAAUCCGUGAUGCCAUAAAGGAUGAAAAGCUUCAGAAACUUAUAUGCAAUAUCGACUCCUCUACUGAUCCGGAUAAUGUAAGCAAACAGAGCUCGACAAAGCCAUGGAGGAUGAAACAUUCCUUCUUUUCACUGAAAAGAUCUUGUCUACAAUUGGCAAAUGAAGCGAACAAAUUCUGCUGCCGACGUAAAGCCAGCUGUCGUGUUCACGAGUUUUACUAGUCUUGUUGUUGAAAUAUCGUGCUGGAGCUAAUAUGGACCGGAACUAUGAUCCAUAGCCGAUUCUGAGUUGCGGGCAUCUUGGAAUUCGUCGAUUUGUUAGAGGUUGUUCGAUUUUUCUUACAUACAUAUAUAUAUAUAUAUAUAUGCAUAUAUUUUGGGUCUCUCGUAUAAUGAGAGAUUAUAAAUGGAUCCUUGUACUGCAAUUUUAUCAAGUAAAGAAAUGCUGAAUUUUG